GGAAGGGAAGGGAAGGGAAGGGAAGGGAAGGGAAGGGAAGGGAAGGGAAGGGAAGGGAAGGGAAGGGAAGGGAUCCGCUCGCAAUCCCGGGAUGCCGCGGGGAGGGCGGGCACAGCUCUUCCUGCCCUCCCGGCCCCGCCGGCGGCGCUGUCACAUCCCGGAUUUAAAGGGAAAGCAGCGAUUCCUUCCUUUGAUCCAGGAAAAAAGAGCGGAUCCUUCCCCCACAGCCCCCCCCCCGCAUUAAUUAAAGCAGCGCUUAAUUGGGAGCCCCCGGCUCCGCCCGCUCCCGGCUCAGAGCAGCGGCGGAGCCCCGGAACGGCCCCGGGAUCACUGGAACAGCCCCGGAAUCACUGGAAUAGCUCCAGGAACAGCCCCGGAAUCACUGGAAUAGCUCCAGGAACAGCCCCUGGAUCCCUGGAAUAGCUCCAGGAACAGCCCCGGAAUCACUGGAACAGCCCCUGGAUCUCUGGAACGGCCCCGGAAUCACUGGAAUAGCUCCAGGAACAGCCCCUGGAUCUCUGGAAUAGCUCCAGGAACAUCCCCGGAAUCACUGGAAUAGCUCCAGGACCAGCCCCUGGAUCCCCGGAACAGCUCCGGGAACAGCCCCGGAGCAGCCGCGGGCCAGCCCCGGAUCCCGGCCCGGCGCUUUCCGGGCGUUCUUUCCAGCGAAUAGGAGAAUCCCCGCAUUCCCGAGCCCCCGGAUUCCUGAACCCCCGGAUUCCCGAGCCCCGCAUUCCCGAACCCCCGCAUUCCCGAGCCCCCGCAUUCCCGAACCCCCGGAUUCCCGAGCCCCGCAUUCCCGAGCCCCCGCAUUCCCGAGCCCCGCAUUCCCGAGCCCCGCUCCAAGGAGUGGCCCGGGAGCCCGAGCGGACUCCGACCCCGUCCCCGAGCUGCGGCCGCUCCUGCGCCACUUCCCGACAAUUCCGGCCCGGGAGGAGCCGCUGCCGCUUCGCCUGGAUUUUGGCUUUUCCUGGAUUUUCCUGGAUUUUGGCUUUUCCCGUGGAUUUUUUGGCACCGGGGGCACCGGGAGGGAUCGGGGUGUGGCCGAGAUUUCUUCCUUUCUUCCUUCCUCAUCCUCCGGCUUCCCCUGGGAUCGUCCCGAAUUCGGGCUUUUCCUGGGAAAAGGGAGGAGCCCCGGCGCUGUCCCCCGGCAUGGAAUCGUCCCCGCUCCGCUGCCCCCGGCCCGGACUCUCCGCUGGAUUCCCGAGGCUGUGCUGAGCCCGCCAUGUCCACCAAGGUGCCGAUCUACCUGAAGAGGGGCAGCCGCAAGGGCAAGAAGGAGAAGCUGCGGGACAUCCUGUCCUCGGACAUGAUCAGCCCUCCGCUGGGCGACUUCCGCCACACCAUCCACGUGGGCAGCGGCGGCGAGGGCGACACGUUCGGGGACGUCUCCUUCCUGCAGGGCAAGUUCCACCUGCUGCCCCGCGCCGACGCCGGCGAGCGCGGCGCCGAGGCGGCGGCGCCGUUCGAGUUCUCGCGCGCGGCCACCGUGUCGGGCGGCGAGGCGGCGGCGCCGUCGCCGCUGCUCAAGAACGCCAUUUCGCUGCCGGCGCUCGGCGCGGCGCAGGCCCUGACCCUGCCCGCGGCGCAGGCCCCGCCGAAGCCCCCGCGGCUGCACCUGGACGAGGCCGCGCCGUCGCCGCCGUCGCCGUGCCCCCGGCUGGCCGCGGCCGCCAACGGCGAGGCCGAGCCCUUCCUGUCGCACGCCGGCUCGCUGCUGUCCCUGCACGUGGACCUGGGGCCGUCCAUCCUGGAGGACGUGCUGCAGGUCAUGGACAGGCACCGGGCCGAGCGCGGCGCCGGGGCGCGGCCGGAGAUCCUGACGUGAGCGCGGCGCCGGGCGAAGGCGUCGGGAAACGGACGGCGAGGAGGACUGUGGGUGGUUUUGGGAUGCGGAUCUCAGAUUCCAGCUCGGAUUCCCGCGCUUCCUCACGCCAGGUGAAGUUUCGGCCUCGGGGAUGAGCCGGAUUUAGCCCCCGAGCUCUCCCAGCCUCCUCGGUGCCAGAGCUGACCGCGGGAAACGCGAUGGACCCCGCGGGAUGAAUUCCCAAAGAUUCCGGCCAGGAGGAUUCGGGGGGACAGCGGGGUUUGUUCUCCACGGCUCUGAACCUCCUGAACCGCCACGGCGCUGUCACCUCAACUUCUGCUCCGCGAAAUCCUUUGAAAAUCCCAGAGAUGGGGAAAUCUCCACCGGGAAAUCUGCACCGGGCUCUGCGUCCCUGUGGAGAAGCCAAACUGCCCGUGGAGGAGCUGGGAAAUCCCAGCGGAGCUCUUGUUUUAGGAACUCAAUCCGUGGAGGGGCCAAAAAACCCCUCUGGGGCCGAAGCGGAGCUGGAAAUCGUCGAGGAGAUGCAAAACCAACCAAAAAUCCCCACGUGAGGCGCAGGCGGAUCCCGGCACCGACGGAUCCGCCGCGGAUGGUUUGGGUGGAGUGGGAACAGGGAAUGCCGAGGGGAAUUCCAGCUGGAUUUCGGGGAACGGGGACAAUAUCCCCGCUGGAA